UGGCUCCUCCGUCUCUCGUGCUGUCCAGCCCUCGGUAACUCUAUAGUGGAUAUGUGUUGUCUCUCACCACCUGCAGGUCAUUGUCUAAUGUCUACAACAGUGUGAUGGCAGGUUAGGCUGCUGCGGCCUCCAGGUCGACAGAGAUGGACUAUGAACGCAGCCCUGCAGGCAACUAAAGCUCUACUUGUCCUGCUGUAACUCCAGAGCCAAGAUCAGCACCAAACAGCCGGCACCCAUCAGAGACAAUGGACCCAAACUCCAACGGCGAGAGGAAAAAGAUCUCCCGGACCAGUUUACCUGGGGCUUCUUCACCAACCUCAUCUCAUGGCUGGGGUUCAGCCGCUACCUGUUAGCUUGCUGACAAAUGUUUGCUGAAGCCGUUUGCCUGGAGGUGCAUUGAAAGACAGAAAAAGCGAUCUUGGCUGUCGACUGCGAGCGGUUUGUGCGUCUGUGGUUUGGUCUGUAAUCAUGGGGAAGGAACAGGAUCUCCUGGUGGCGGUAAAGACUGGGGAUCUUCUGCUGGCGCAUAAACUUCUCUCCAAAGUCAAGUGCAACAAAACCAAGUUGCUGGGCUCCACCAAGAGACUCAACAUCAACUACCAAGACUCAGACGGCUUCUCGGCGCUGCACCAUGCCGCUCUGACCGGCACCCCAGAGCUGCUGUCUCUGCUGCUGGAGGCCCAGGCCACGGUGGAUAUCAAGGACAUCAACGGCAUGCGUCCGCUCCACUACGCCGCCUGGCAGGGGAAAGCAGACUCCGUCUUGUUGUUGCUGAGAGCUGGAGCUUCUGUCAACUCUACUUCCCAUGAUGGACAGGUGCCUUUACAUCUCUCUGCUCAGUAUGGACACUACGAGGUGUCUGAGAUGUUGCUGCAGCACCAGUCUAAUCCCUGCCUGAAGAACAAAUCCAAGAAGACUCCUCUAGACCUUACCUGCGAGUUUGGCAGACUGAAGGUGGCUCAGUUACUGCUGAGCAGUAACAUGGUGGCGGCGCUGUUAGAAGGGGAGGGGGGGCACGACAGCCUGGACCCUCCAUCCACCACCCCCCUCCACCUGGCUGCCAGGAACGGACACAAAGACAUCAUCAAGUUGCUGCUGAAAGCUGGCAUUGACAUCAACAGAGCCACCAAAGCGGGGACGUCUUUGCACGAGGCUGCCCUCUACGGCAAGACUGAAGUAGUGCGGCUGCUGCUGGAUGCGGGCAUCAAUGUGAACAUGCGCAACACAUACAAUCAGACAGCUUUGGACAUCGUCAACCAGUUCACCACCUCCACGGCCAGCAGGGAAAUCAAACAGCUGCUGAGAGAGGCGUCCAGCUCUCUGCAGGUCCGAGCGCUGAAGGACUACUGGAACCUCCACGACCCCACUGCUCUAAACCUGAGGGCUGGAGAUCUUAUUAUGGUGGUGGAGCAGCACUCAGACGGCCGCUGGAAGGGUCACAUCCAUGACACCCAGCGGGGGACGGACCGCGUGGGCUUCUUUCCCCCCUCCGUGGUGGAGGUCCUCAGCAGACGAGCAGGGGGCACUCUCUCCCGCCAAGCCUCAGUGCCCUGCCAACGCCAACAAUAUGUGUCCAGAGCUCCUCCCUCAAGCCACGGUCCUGCCCCUCAGACUGAUGACUCAUACACCCUGGGCAAUGAUCCCACAGGUGACAGGAACAGUGUUGGGAGUGCGGGCAGCGUGGGCAGCAGCCGCAGCGCCGGGAGCGGCCAGAGCUCAGAGAGUGGCCACAAACACAACGGGAUUCCAAAUCGCCACAACGCUGACUAUACCAAGCUGGCUCCCUCUGCUGGCGAAUCAGGAGACCAUCUCCACAUGGCGGGAGCAGAGCACAGCAAACAGGCAUACGGAUCCACAGGUGGUUCACGUCGGCAGGCCAACGGCACUCCUCUGAAAGGCUUUGUGAGACCAGAGGAGCUUCUGCAGGGCAAGGACUCGGAGGCCAUCUACCAGUGGCUGUGUGACUUCCAGCUGGAGCAGUACACAUCCAACUUCAUCAGCGCAGGAUAUGAUGUACCCACCAUCAGCAGGAUGACCCCUGAGGACCUGACUGCUAUCGGAGUGACCAAACCAGGCCACAGAAAGAAGAUCUCAAUGGAGAUUGGCAAGCUGAGCAUCCCUGAGUGGCUGCCUGAUUACAUUCCUUCGGAGCUGGGGGAGUGGCUGAGUGUGAUCGGACUGCCUCAGUACCAGAAGAGACUGUGUGACAAUGGCUAUGACUCCAUCACCAUCGUCAAAGACAUCACCUGGGAGGACCUGCAGGAGAUAGGCAUCACCAAACUGGGCCACCAGAAGAAGCUAAUGUUAGCGGUGAAGAGGCUUUGUGACCUGCAGCGCUCUCGCAACCAUGCCAGCGGAGCCGGAGGCGGGACUCUCCGCCGGAAGCCCCCCACCGCUCUGGAACUGGUGGCAAUCGAACACAUGCCGACACACAGUGUGCACGCUCACGCUCCUCCUGACGACUGCUGCCCCUCCCCUCGCACCCCCAGGGCCCUCCUCUCCUUCCAGGACAGCGAGUUGAGCGCCGAGCUGCAGAGAGCCAUGACGGGCAGGGCGGGCGGAGGCGCUGCCGAGGCGUUCGCCAUCAGGGGUGUGGCCUCCGCAGCAGCUGUAUCUGCCAUGUCACUCAGUCAGGAGAGCAUCAGCGUGCGGUCACGGGGGUCAGGGAAUUCGGGGAAUUCUGGAAAUUCAAAUUCAGGAUACUCUCAAGAUCACCAAGCUGCACCGUGUUCAGCCAAGAUCUCCAGCCGGUCAGAGGAGAGUCUGGGGGGUGGUGCAGGGGAGGAGGCCAAGGGUGGAGGAAGUAGUCCUGCAGGACGAGGUAGACAGAGACCCACAGAGGUGUGGGAGAGUCCCUCUGCCACCCCCAACAAACCCUUCUCGCCCCUAACACCUCCGCUAACCCCCAGCAAGAUGCCUCGCUUCGCCUACCCGGCUGUCCCACCCAAGGCCAAACACCUUCAGUCCCCUCACCGCCUCUAUCAGCCCAAGAACCAUCCGCCCUGCUCCCCUUCCUCUCCGUCGCCGCUGCCUUCCCCCACACAGAAGGCUUUCAGUUACCUCCAUGCGCAGGCAGGAGGCGUCAACGGGGGUCCAUGGGUGCUCUCCAAACCUCUGCCCGGAGCGGUCCCUGUGCUGGGACCCCGGCCUGGGCAGGGCCCAGCUGAUGACACCCAGAGGGGCUCGCACAAAAAGCGAGCCCAAAGCCUGACUCGCUACGCUCUGUCCGACGGCGAGCCGGACGAAGACGACGACCUCGCUCCCCCCUGCACCUCUGCCUCCUCCCCGGCCGUGCCCUCCUACGCCACCCUGUCCCGCAGGCCGGGACGUGGCCACACGAGCACCACGGGGACCCAGCGCCACAUCAACCGCAGCCACUCGUUCGCCGUGCGAUCCCGCCGCAAAGGCCCACCCCCGCCACCGCCCAAGAGGAUGAGCUCGGUGAGCGGCAGCCCGGCACGCCAACCGGGAAACGGGAAAGUGGGGGAGCCAGAGGCGAAGGGCGGGGGGGAGACGGAGGGCUCAGGCAGCGUGAGGAGCAUCGCAGCCAGGCUGGAGGGGAGCAGCAGCAGUCCAUGCAGGAGGAUAGAUAUACCACCAACUCAUAUCGCAGUUUCACCGGUUUUCAUCCCUGUUUCCUCCCCGAUUCCACAUGGGACGACUCCUCACAUCAUCCUACAGCAUUCCAAACCGGUCCCUGCUCUGGGCAUGGGGGGCCUGAGGAGGACAGGAAGUGAGAGGACAGAGGUGGAGACUGGCAGACAGAGAGGUGGAGGCCCAGAGGAAACCCUUGAGAAAGCAAGGAGAAGCGAAAGAAUGUCAAAGAGUGCUACUGCAUCUCCAAGGCACAGCUCCGGGGAGCACCUCCCUUUCGCUGAAGAAGGCAACCUUACUAUCAAACAGCGGCCCAGGACAGCAGCUAACACCCUCGCAGACGCUGAAGUGAAGGCUCCACCAGAGCCUCCAGGCCAGACACCCAACAGCCUGGAGCUCCCAGAGUUCAAUCUGAAAGAGUCUGACACGGUGAAAAGACGACACAAACCCAAAGACAAAGACUCGUCGACACCUGAGGAGGCUACGUCCCCCAACAGAGACUACAACCGCCCACAGGCCAACAGUCUCCACACACCUGAUGAUGUCAGGGCGCUGAGCGAUGAUGACUCUCAGAGGCCGGGGAAUAUGUUCCAGAGAGUAGGCUCCAUGGGAAAAGGCCCCAAGCCACCAGUGUCCUCGAAACCUACCAGUCCUCUCAAACAACCGCCCAACAGCAAACCAACAACCCCCCAGAAAACAGUCUCUUCAGUACCAGCUGCACAAACAGCCAUUCCUAAACUGACCAGCAUACAGAUUCACACAGUUUCCCCGAGGUUGGGCGGCAGCAUUCACACACAGACAUGUGUAGCCAGCCACAAAGCCGUGAAUCCACAGACAGACAGUCCACAGAAAGCUGGUACUUUGUCUGGACCGAGACUCUGUCAGCCCAGCAUGGUCUCAGCAUCAACAGCAGGACUGAACGUCACCGUGGUCCAGAGCCUUGCGUUCGCUGCUCCGUCCUCCCCAGCGCGGGCCCCAUCAUACCCGACCUCGGCCCCCCCGGCGGGGAGAGCGGCAACGCCUCUGGCCGGGGCCGCCGGUCUGGAGGAGCUGGCUCAGCAGAGGCUGGAGCAGACCAGUACGUCACUGGAAGCUGCUCUCAAAGUGGUGGAGAACAAACUGGCCCAGGGGAGCAGUGUGGACAGCGGCAGCAGCAGCACGGUGAAGGCAGCAGGGAAUAUUCUAGAUGACAUCGGCAACAUGUUUGAUGACCUGGCUGACCAGCUGGACGCCAUGUUGGAGUGACAUCCUGAACUCUGCCUCACAGCGCUGCUCUCUCAGGAGAGCAAGAGACAAAACAUGGGCAAUUAGAAUCCCGCCAGAGGGAGAUGGAGACCAACCGGUGAGGCUGUAAUGCCGCCUACACAUGAUACGCGGCAAAACCGCGAGUUAGGGCGCAGAGCAGAGAGGCAAAACAAGGCGCAGGAACGUUCUGGAAUCGGUUGCGCCUUGAAAAGUCAGCGGCAACUGGGUCAAAGAUGAAAUAAUUUCAACUUUGAGCGCAGCGCACAGCAGCAAUUCCGAGCGGUGCGCAACGUCAAGGGUAGCACUGAGCCUAGUCUCGCAUUGGCAGAACUUCCUCCUCCACAGCGCUGUGGAGGAGGGUCUGGCUAGUCCACACAGCAUUCU